AUGGCAAGCAAGAAGCAAGCGACGGACCUCUUCCUCCCCUCUCCUCCUCCUCCUCUUCUUCUUUUACCACCAGUCCAGCAAUCCACGGCCGGUGCGAAGUCGGCGGCCGCGGCGGCGGUCAUGCAGGACGCGGCGAUACUGGGCGGACUGGCCGCAGACGGUCCGGGGGAUGCUGGCCGGGAAAAUCUCCCCAACAUUGAUUAUCCCUCCUCUCGGAGCACUGCAGCAUGCACCCUGAAGACCGACUGGUCGACACUGUGGUGA